AUACAUAUAUGUUAAGAACAGGUACAAAUACACAGGAAAAAGAUAUAUAUUUAAUUUCACACACAGUUUUACAUUAUAUGAGCUGUACAGUCUGCCGCUGUUUGUGUAAAAUCUUUGAGGCGGGGCCAAAGUGAUUGGCAGGUCUCGGCCCAAUGAAUGUUCUUUUUAACAGGCCAAUCAGCGACGGCGUUUACGGCGGUUGUGCCAAUAGCAGAGCGGCUGGGUUUCAUUUUAAAUCCAGGCGGUUAAACGGAAGAGCUGAGGCGCAGACACAAAAACAGAGGAGUCCUCAUCAUGCAGAAUAAAGAGAACAGGGAACCCAGAGCUCUGCAAACACAGACUGCUGGUGAGAUGAAUCCAGACACACACACUAUUUCAGGUCCUGGGAGAGUUCCAGUCAAGUCGAGCUCAAAGAAGUUCUCCAUAAAAGACUUCCACAUCGGCCGUCCGCUGGGAAAGGGCAAGUUUGGGAACGUGUAUCUGGCGCGAGACCGUAAGCUGAAGGCCAUCGUGGCGCUGAAGGUCCUGUUCAAAACUCAGAUGGAGAAGGAAGGAGUCGAGCAUCAGCUGAGGAGAGAGAUCGAGAUCCAGUCGCAUCUCAGGCAUCCAAAUAUCCUGCAGUUCUACAACUACUUCUGCGACGACACGCGUGUGUAUCUGAUUCUGGAGUACGCGCCGCGGGGAGAGAUGUACAAGGAGCUCCAGCGCUGCGGACGCUUCGACGAUCAGCGCACCGCCACCUACAUGGAGGAGCUGGCGGACGCGCUGAACUACUGUCACGAGAAGAAGGUCAUCCACCGAGACAUCAAGCCGGAGAACCUCCUGCUGGGCUUCAGAGGAGAGCUCAAGAUCGCAGACUUCGGCUGGUCCGUCCAUGCGCCGUCGCUACGACGCCGAACCAUGUGUGGCACGCUGGACUACCUCCCGCCGGAGAUGAUCGAGGGACACACACACGAUGAGAAGGUGGACCUGUGGUGCAUCGGGGUGCUGUGCUACGAGUGUCUGGUGGGAAACCCUCCGUUCGAGACGGCCAGCCACAGCGAGACCUACAAGCGCAUCACCAAGGUGGAUCUGCAGUUUCCUAAAGUGGUCUCUGACGGCGCCCGCGAUCUGAUCUCGAAGCUGCUCCGCCACAGUCCCUCCAUGCGUCUGCCGCUCAGGAGUGUGAUCGAGCACCCGUGGGUGAAGGCCAACUCACGCAGAGUCCUGCCGCCCGUCUACAACUCACAGGCAGCCGCACACCACUGAUGACAUCAGCGCAAGGACCUGUUUGAGACACUCAGUUUGUGCUGUCACAGUGUCAAAAGUGUGUCUUUGACUGUCAAUGAGUCUGAGAUGUUUUUUCUCUGCUCAUUUACUCUCUUUUAUAGCUGUAGAUCUGUUCAUAUUCAUGUGCUUUUCUGUCUUCUAUGAAUGUGUUUUACGCUGAACCUGUCAAAUUAUAUUAAAAUCAGAGCUUUUUAGUGUGUUUGGUGUUGUGACUCACUCACGUCACGUGGUUGUUACACUCCUGCACUGAUGAAUGCAGAUGUUCACCAGUUUUAUAUGUUACGAUUUAAAUUUUGUGCAUAAAUUAAAUUCACAACUUUGGAUGGAAAGGCCGCUAGUGCGUACCUCAAAUUUCCUUGGAAAAAAACACUAGUUCACAUUAGUUCAUUGGUUGGUUGUGGGUGACUGUUUAACUUUGUAAACAUUAAUGGUACAUUUUGCUGUAUUGAAGUGUAGUUUUGCAUUGCUCUUGAUCUACUGUUUUAUUGGUAUAUGCAGUGUGCAAGAAAAGACAUUCUUGGUUGUAAUCUAUUUUGUCUUUUGCUUAAGCCUUGUGACUUUGUACAUACAUUUUCUCAGGUG